AUGAAAGGAGCUCUGAUGAUUAUGGCAGGAAUCGGUUUUACUGUAGGAGUUAUCUUUGGCUUGCUUCUUCAGCUGCCAAUAGACAAUACGCUCCCUGCCGACGAUUUAGAUUAUCAGCAGCACCAUCUGGCUGAUGUGUCGUCAUUCCGAUCGAGAAGGAGCCUAAGUGAGACUGACGACCGUGAUCAACAGUUAGGAGCAAAAUCUCCAGUAUCUGUUUUGCUCGAAAAACUUACUUUCUCAAAAUCAGUAACACAGGAGUCAGAGAACCAAAAUGCGUCGAUAGUAAAAUUAAAACGGCACAUCUCACCAGAAAAACAUACGAGUAUGAUGAAUGUUAACAUUAGACGUGCUAAUGCAAUUAAUAUACGCGCAACAGAAAAUGCAGUUAAUAAAAUAAACGUUUUGAAAAACGAGGGGAAAACUUCAACAAAAUACGUCCGCGAUGGCAAAGUGAGUAGUACCGAUCUGGUAAAUGCAUCAUUCCACAGUUCCAAAAAUGUAGAUGAGUUUAAAAAUUAUACAUUAGUAAACGGAUCGAAAAGUCCACAUGUAGUCAGUGUUACAUUCAAUUUACACAAGUCGAACAAUAGCAGCAGCAGUGAAACAGGAUCAUUGAAAAUCACAGAUUCACAUGAUAAUCCAUCGCUAAUUUCUGACAUUGUAAAUGGUAUUCUUUGGUCUUCACGGCUAGAACAGUCGUGUCCAAGACCAUUCCAGUUAAAUGAAGCUGAGGCUUGGAGAAGGCAAGUAGAAGAACUAGAUGUUGUAAAAAUGGAAGAAGGUUGCGGUAGAAUGCAGAACAGACUGAUCACUUUUAGGGACUCAACCAAAGCAUGUGCCCGUUAUAGACUCAACACUGAUCAGAUUCAAGGAGAGAUAUUUUCUUACUAUCUGGCUCGAAUUUUCAACGUCUCCAACAUUCCACCAACAAUCCUGGAUCGAGUGGAUACCCUCUCAUCCAGAUGGAAGACUGUACAUCUGCAGCUGUCUCUGGCCCAGUGGGCAGACUCCAAACUUGUCGUCCUUACUCAGCACAUCGGUGGAUUGUCACCAGCACACAUUCCUGAAGAAUUUAGAGAAGAAGGUAGAAGACUCGAACCAACUGCAGCUAUUUUAGCGUCAAAAUCCGACUCGGAAUUAUGCGAGUUGGUCCAGUGGUCAGAUUUAAUAGUUUUUGACUACCUGACAGCAAAUCUGGACCGGGUUAUCAACAAUAUGUUCAACCGUCAGUGGAACGACCAAAUGAUGAACAGUCCUGCCCACAACUUAGAACAGCAGGCAGACGGCAGCCUUGUUUUCCUUGACAAUGAAUCUGGUUUGUUCCAUGGAUAUCGUCUUCUGGAGAAGUAUUCCACCUUCCACGAGUCGUUGCUGGAGUCACUGUGCGUGUUUCGUCCUUCGACUGUAGAAACCAUCAGGAGGCUACACAAGUCUGCAAGUGUAGGAGAAGAGCUGCACAGACUGUUUACCUCUAAUGAGGUAUUACAUAAACACUUGGCUGUCAUUCCAAACAAAAAUCUGAAAAUUCUGCAGCAGAGAAUUGAAGACGUGUAUAAACAGAUAGUUCGUUGUGAACUGCUUUUCGGCAGAUAG